GCCUUGUCAUCUCCCAAGUCUCCGUCCUUGUGGGAUCCCCCCAAAAGCUGCCAGGCUGCGUCUUGCCAAACAUGUCAUUCCCGCGCCGGCGAAGCAGGCCAUGUGCAGACUAGCAUCGUUGUUGCAUUACCCGCCUCGUCCCGCCGUCUUGCUUGUCCUCGUGCAUCCACCUCGGUUUUCCCUGUCGCACCUAUUAGGCCUAUCCAGGUGAUACUUAGACCGCAUUACUCUUGCCAUCUCCUUUCUCGUUGGACUGAGACUCUAUCUGACCCGCCUCGACUCCCCACCGCCUUUCCCGGGCCUCAAUGCCCAGCCAGCCCAUCUGUCCUCGAUCUGCGGUUAUUCUUGUCCAUGUCGUAGCGUAAUUGGACCGCCUCCCAUUCCAAGGACGCACCUUCCAACCUCGUGCUUCCAAGUUCCAACUGGCAUCGUCUUUUACGCUCCUGGCCCCUGGCUCCGUCUCUCCCUUCUUCUUCCCCUUCCAAUCCAUCCUUGCGACCUGCACCUACAAACGACUGCGACAUAAUAUCCACCUUUACCUACGUUGUCAGCACCAACCCAACCCAACCCCGACGGGAACAAGAAACGGCACACAUCCAAGUACACAUGCCCUGAUGCCGACCUGAACUGAAGGGACCUCACCAACAGACAUAACACGCAUUUCCCAAUGUGCCGACAAAGGCGACCGUCCCAUUGCUCCUACUCGUUGCGAUGAACCAAUACCUCCACGUUCUACCGUCUCCUGCCCACACACAUCGCGAUGGCCAACAACAACCCGUGAACCAGACCCGCCCCUCCGGCGCAUUGCCCGCCCACCGCCUCUCCAAGCUCAUAAAGGGGGCCAACGAGUACCUCUAUCCGGCCCAGGAUGCAAAGAAUAGCUCCAAGGCGGAUGAUGCUCGCAAACUCGAGGAGCGCAAACACAUCCUUGCUUUGCGCAUGAAAAAUGCAACUUCCGCGUCGCAAUGGACUUCGGCAGCGCAGGAACUCGACCUCCUUGAGGGGAACCACAACUGGAAAGCAGAGGAGAAUGGCGUCGACGGCGUCUACCGACCCGAUGUCGUGCGCGAACGCAUCCGCGAGCUCGAUGACGCCCGCACCGCCUGCGAUAUCCGCCGAAUGCUCCAUCUCGUGAGGACGGCCCUGUCGCGUGAGCUCGGCGGUCUAGGCAACAUCGACCUGUACAAGCAUUCAUAUAUUGGAACGAAAGACCUCAUCGAGAAGUACGUACAGUCGGCGGUAAAGACCAUCGAGGAUCUUGUCGAGAAGAGCGGCUACCCCGGCGCAUUACCCGACGACUUGGACCACAACGACAUUCUCGAAACCCUGGUUCAGACGCGGCAAAGCUAUGGCAGGUCAGCCCUGCUUCUGAGCGGAGGAGGUACAUUUGGAAUGAUGCACGCUGGGGUUCUGAAGGCCAUAUUCGAGGCCGACCUCCUCCCCCGCAUCAUCUCUGGCGCCUCUGCCGGCUCUAUCGUUUGCGCCGUCUUCUGCACCAGGACGUCGGACGAGGUACCCGAGGUCAUCAGGAAUUUCCCCUACGGUGACCUCGCAGUCUUCGAAGAAGAGGGAAAGGAAGAGACGGUACUUGACCACGUCAAGAGGCUUCUUACCGAGGGCUCCUGGUCGGACAUCAAGCACCUGAAGCGGGUCAUGAGAGGCCUGCUUGGUGACAUGACCUUCCAGGAAGCAUACAAUCGAACCAGAAAGAUCUGCAACAUCUCAGUCUCCACCGAAUCGAUUUACGAACUCCCACGGCUCUUGAAUUACAUCACUGCGCCCAACGUUAUGAUCUGGUCAGCGGUGGCUGCUUCAUGUUCUGUGCCCUUCAUCUUCAGUGGUGCCACGCUCCUUGUCAAGGACCCGCAGACUGGUGAGCACAUGCCAUGGAACCCGAGCCCUCAGCGAUGGGUCGACGGCUCUGUGGACAACGACCUGCCAAUGACAAGGCUAGCCGAGAUGUUCAACGUCAACCAUUUUAUCGUCUCACAGGUCAACCCCCAUGUGGUCCCGUUCCUGGCCAAGGACGAUAGGCUAUAUUCAGAGCAUGACGAUUCACGGCCGGAACUAUUUGGGACGUCCCAUAACUCGAACCUUGCGACCACUCUCACAACACUGGCCAAAGACGAGGUUUUACACCGGCUACAAUUCCUGGCCGAGCUAGGAAUUUUCCCCACCGCUGUCACCAAGCUCCGAAGUGUCCUGAGCCAGAAGUAUUCGGGCGACAUCACAAUCUUGCCCGAAUUCAGUGUACAGGACCUCCCGCGCAUUCUCAAGAAUCCCUCGGUCGAGUUCAUGGAACGAGCUACCCUGGCGGGUGAGCGGGCUACAUGGCCGAAGCUCAGUCGCAUCAGAGAUCGAUGCACGGUGGAAUUGGCCAUCGACCGGUCGAUCCAGGUUGUCAGGACAAGGUGCAUCUUCAGCCAGAGCCAGGUGAACCUGCGCAGACUUGUCACGGGCGUGGAAAGGCUGGGACUUCAGACGUCCUUUGCUCAUGGCCUGCACACUGCUGGCUCAAACGGGGCGGCCACUGCUGGUGCUAACACACAACCAUCGCCCUUGUCAGACAAGGCCAAGCUCCGACACCAGCGUCGAGGCUCCGGAAGUAGCAUCCCCAUGCUUGCGAGGCACCGCAGACAUCUGACCGAGAUCGAGAACGCAAUCACGGAUGACGACACUGCAGACGAGGAGCGCUUAGAGCUCGGAUUGAGGAGGACCGGGACUGCGUCAUCCUUAUCCGGGAGGAGGGACAAGCCAAGGCUGAAGAAGUCACUGAAAGGACUGGCAGUCUCGCUGUCUAACCUUGGACCGAUGACCAGCCCAUUCCCUGUCUAUGCCAGCGGGACGGAGAACGAGAGAAGCGAAUUCGACUUUUCGAAGCCGCUAUCGCCGCCGAAGACGUCCUCUCCUCCGAUGGACUCACUGACCCCUCCUCCUCAGCCUCCUUCGCGUCUACUCAGGUCUCCGAUCACGUUCUCCCGGUCUUCGCCGCAUCUACUGUCGUGGCCCUCGCCUCGUCUAGACAUUGGCUCACCCACAACUGGCGAUCUCGACACCUCAGACCUGCACACCAGCGAUGGGGAUGUCGAGUCCACCGCAGCGGAUAGCACAUCAGACCCCGACCCUUAUACUCAAUCCUGGCUCCCAGACGAGGAUGAGACGCCGCGAAAGGAAGACCGCUCGGCGGAUAUCGAGAUAACUGUGGAGCAGGCCGACACCACUGACGACGGAGUAGGGGGGUUGCCGUUGGCUGCGGCUCUUGCUGACGAUGAGAAAGACACGACGGACGACGGAGAUGGACUAUGGGAUUGA